GCGACGCUGCAGUAUCGCUCACAGGCAUUUCUAAAACAAUCUCUCUGCUUGAUCAACCUUAGCUGACAUAAAAAAAACCAUUCACCAUCACUGUCCAUGAAGCAACCCUUCUCUCAGGCAUUUCAUCGAACAGCUUCACUGCAAUGAAGAAGAGAUCUAUUCCUCGAACACCAGAGAAACAGAUGGUUGAUGUUCAACGAAUUCAGAUACAGAGAAGGGGGUUGAGUAAAAGGAGAGAUUUGUCGAAUCGAGUUUAUGUUUCUGAAGAAAUCAGAGAAGAGACCAUUUCAAGAGCUGAGAAAGUCCAGGAUGAAUUGGAGAGUGGUUACCCAAGUUUUGUGAAGUCUAUGCUUCAAUCACAUGUUUCUGGUGGCUUCUGGCUGGGACUUCCAGUUCAAUUCUGUAGAUCUCACCUCGGGAAACAAGAUGGUGUCAUAACUUUGAUAGAUGAAGAAGGCGAGGAGUAUGAGACUAUCUACUUAGCGAGAAAGAAUGGACUUAGUGGUGGAUGGAUGGGGUUUGCUAUUGCUCACAAUCUAUCAUAUGGGGAUACUCUUGUUUUCGAGUUAGUUCGUCGUACCGCUUUCAAGGUUUACAUUACAAGAGUUGGAAGUUCUGGAGAAAGCUCAAAAGAUAUGAGCUGAUCAUGUCAGGAAUUUGGAUAUGACCUGAGUUAGAAGUUUAUUGCCCUUUUGUCUUUUGUAUGUAAGAUGCUAACUCUAGGCUAAUUGUGCUCUUCACUGCUAAAUCUGAUAUUU